AUGCCUCAGAUGAAGAAAAGACGUAACAAUGGAAAACUAUUUAUAGGGAGAGAUCUCCCUGCUUUCUGGUUCAUCACUCACCAUUUACCGCUUGCCACUGCAAAUAGUGUUGGUUCACUCGUUACUCGCCACUCGUUGUUCGUCGCUCGCCGCUCAGAUGGUGUUGGUGGAAAGUUAUCUGAUGAGGUGACAGAUCGAAUUCGUUGGAUGCGUGGAUCCUUUCAAGAAAAACAACGACAACGCCAAAUUCAAAAUAUAUUCAUGUGCCUAAGAAAGAAAGAAAAUGAAAUGAAAAAAAAAGAGAUGACAAGUAUCCGUUCAGAUCUUAUUUUGCAGCAGAUUGUGAGGCCUACACAGAAUGUUACCACAACAGUUAACUCCAUCACCACCACCAUUGCCACAAACCUCAGAUUUCAUUUCCUGGCAACCACCCUGAGUGUUGUUUUUCUUCUUAAAACCCACUCUCUUUGCCAGAUCUUGCUUCCAGUUUCAGGACGAGUAGUAAUGAAUUUUGACAUUCGAACUCUUCCCAUCAAGUUGAAGCUUGCUAAGGUCUUAGCUUGUAACUAUUCUACACAUAGGAAACCAAGUGAUAGUAUGAGACUUAUUGUCACAACUUUCAUUGGAAUAGUUUUUGGCUUCUUUAUUGGAGUAUCAUUUCCGGCAUUGACUACUAAGUUGAACCUCCCAUCCAACCUGCUUCCUGCCAUUGAUAUUUCUUACAUUCAAGAGAAAUAUGCAGGUGGCAGUGCACCGUCUUCUGUGAAGAAUAAUAAGAGUAUCUCAUCACAACAUCAGUUAAUAAAUGAUACGUUGAAGAUAUGGGUUCCAUCAAAUCCAAGAGGUGCAGAAAGAUUACCCCCUGAGAUUAUUGAAGCUGAGACAGACUUUUAUUUGCGUAGAUUGUGGGGUCAGCCCAGUGAGGAUUUAACCUCAAAGCCGAAGUACCUUGUGACUUUCACUGUCGGUUAUAAUCAGAGAUAUAAUAUUGAUGCAAAUGUGAAAAAGUUUUCAGAGAACUUUACAAUAGUUCUUUUUCAUUAUGAUGGCCAAACAACUGAGUGGGAUGAGUUUGAGUGGUCAAAACGGGCAAUUCAUGUGAGUGUUCGCAAACAGACCAAAUGGUGGUAUGCCAAACGGUUUCUGCAUCCAGACAUUGUGGCACCAUAUGACUAUAUUUUUGUAUGGGAUGAAGACCUGGGUGUUGAACAUUUUAAUGCAGAGGAAUACUUAAAACUUGUGAAGAAGCAUGGAUUGGAGAUUUCGCAGCCUGGUUUGGAACCUAAUAAAGGGUUGACAUGGCAAAUGACAAAGAGAAGAGGUGAUCGUGAAGUUCACAAAGAAACAGAAGAGAAACCAGGAUGGUGCAGUGACCCCCAUCUGCCUCCUUGUGCAGCGUUCGUUGAGAUUAUGGCUCCAGUUUUUUCGCGUGAUGCAUGGCGUUGUGUGUGGCAUAUGAUUCAGAAUGAUUUGGUCCACGGGUGGGGCCUGGAUUUUGCUCUUAGAAAAUGUGUUGAGCCUGCACAUGAGAAGAUUGGAGUGGUUGAUUCUCAAUGGAUUAUUCAUCAAAGUGUUCCCUCAUUAGGGAAUCAGGGAGAAUCAGAAUCUGGGAAGGCACCAUGGCAAGGGGUGAGGGAGAGGUGUAGAAAGGAGUGGACAAUGUUCCAGAGUCGGUUGGCAAAUGCAGAAGAUGCAUAUUACAAGGCCGUGGGCGUAGAUAUGUUCAAUUCUACUACUCCUUAG